AUGUCGACUAACAAGUUAUUUUUCCAGAAAUUCAAGUCUUCCACGUAUACCGACGAGCCGAUUCCGGGCAAAGGCAGUUCUGAAAUCAUUCAUUUGACCAUCAAUGCCAGUGGGACUCGAUUAAUCAAUACCAGAACUGAUCGACUGAUAAGAAUCUGGAAAUGUCUUCAUGAUAAGUUGAGUGACGCUAUAACGAUAUCACAACCACACUUAAAGGCUGUCGAACGAAUUGCCUGGAACCCCAAGACCGAACACACUUUUGCAUCCGUUGGACGGGAUGAUUUGGUUAAGAUCUGGAAUGGGAACGGGAUACUAGAAAAAGAAAUCAAGGUGGUUAAAACCCAAGGUAAAGAGGAAGCGGUGAUAUCGCAAAUUGUCAAAUAUUCCAGUGACGGGGAUUUCUUGAGUGUAGUUGAUCGAGAUUCAACCGUUAGUAUCUAUGACGUGAAGAACAAUUACACCAAAGUGGAAGAAGUAGUAAUUGGAGAACAUAUCUAUGAUAUGGAAUGGUUUAAUUACGACCAUGAGUUUUUAAUAUUUGCAUUACACGAUGGAACCAUUCCAAUAUAUAGAAUGGAUGAAAAUAUCAAGCUUGAACCGAGUCAUUUAUUAAAGGGACACCGAUCUCUGGCUACAUGUUUAUCGAUGGACCCCAGAGGGAGAUACUUUGCGGUGGGAUCCAAUGAAGGAGUGGUUUCCAUCUGGAGUACUGCCAGCAUGAUGAACACCAAAAUCCUAAGUGAAGUUGACGAAGCCAUUGCUCAAAUCGACAUCAGUAGAGAUGGAACUUAUCUAGCCGUUGGUUUUGAUAGUGGUUCCAAUAUCAAAAUAUAUGAAUACGACACUACAGAAGAGAUGUUCGAAGUCCCCAAUAGUACUAGUGGUACCCUAGCACUAACCCAAGUUAAAUGGUUUCCUACCAAAACCGCUUUUGUUUAUAGUAGUGAUAACGGUCGAACGCUCACCUUAAUGAGACGACCUGAUUUAAAGUAA